AUGUUGGACUGGCACCAGUACGCGGUCUACAGCCGGAGACAGGUCUGCUAUAUUGCUGCGCUCGUGGCUGCUGGCAACCAGGCGUCCAACUACGACAGCGGCCUGAGUCGACUGAUCCCUCCGACAAAGUGCGACAGCGAUCUCUACCAGGCGGGCUUCAAGCGGGCGCUCCUCGGUCUGUUGGCUGCCUGUAGCGUGGACCCAACGCUGAAGGAUGGGGCACAAGGUCCGGUGCUCAUGGUGGCCAAGAGCACCGACGACCUCUCGAAGGCGCCAUCCCUCGCGGACUCGGACGUACCUCUCAGCGCUGCACCGCUGCGCACCUGCCGAUUUCGUGAUGGGUCGGAUGGGAACCCUCCUAUCUCGGACUCUAUCUCGGCAACGCCAGACGCAGCUUGCCAGCCGACCUCUUCGACGCCAGUGGACUUCAUGCGAGCUGGCAAUUCCUUGAAAGGGCAGGUGAUUGUGGAUGCUUGGCCGGUACAGAAAGAGCUGCUCCGUGCAAGAGCUUUCGGGCCUGGAAAGGACAUCACCGCAGCUUGGAUCGGUGGGUACAUCCUUGCCCACAAAGGUUGCUCGCAGAGCCUGGACCCAGGUAUGGAGUGCCCACUGCAGGUGCAGGUGCAGGGGGAAGACAGCCUGGUUUUGGGCCUUUGUGGACCCAGCGAGCUUCGUGGCCUCGAGCGAAACCGCAAGCAGCUCGCACCUCAACGUCGGUCGACAGUCCCCAAGUCAACGAGGCUGGUUUCCGUGGAGGCAGUGCUGAGAGCAAGGCUUCGGUGCAUGGUGAAGGAGGCUUGCAGCGAGAUGCUUUGGCCAUGCGUUGGUCGUCGGGACGUGGUGCAGCACAUCAUGUCUUUCAUCGAAAGCGAGAGGCCGCUGAUUGAUACCGAAGUGGGAGGCAAGAUGUUUCAGGACACAGGUUCGGCCAACUUGGACCUCUUCUUCCAGUCGGUUCCACAAGGAAGGCCCAAGGAGAACGAACAGUUGAAGGGGCUGCUAGACAAGGCUUGGGCUGAGAGUCCAGAGGUUUGUCUGAAGCAGAUGUUCCUUCUCGGAUCCCGGGAUGGCAAGCAGGACAGGUAUUCCUUCUACGAUGCCAUGAUGUGGCUUUGGCACAAGGACCCCCACACCCUGCUGGCCAACUUGCACCUGGUGCCUGAGUGCAACUACUGGAAGGGCUUGCUGGAGAUACUGGCGCGCAUCUGCGAAGGCCCGGUGCGUAGCUUGCAGCGAGACUUGGCCCUGCACUCGCACUACAAGCGCUGCCAGAAUGAGCCAGAGGACCACAAGUAUCGGAUGGAGGAUGCCGGCAUC